CAAGUAAAUUUAAAUAACGCUCUGAGGGAAAUCCAAUCACUUAAGCAGAGGCACUCCAGCCGAGCGAAGGGGAGCCAGCGUUGACGAGAGAAGACGACAGCUGUAUUAAUAAAGAUUAAAGCGCUGCGAAAAGGCCGAGAGGAUCGGCCCCGUUAACCCUUUGGCCGGCUGCGCAGACACCACACGCGUGCAACAUGUCCGCGUUUCCCGCCUUGCCGCCCGCCUUCGCCAGCAAGACCCGCUCAGCCUCGCCGCGUCCGAGAUCUCGGCUGAGGGAGUGAGGAAUCCGCCUGAAAGGCGAGGCGAGGCGCGCGCGGGAGGAGACGGGGGGGGUUCCUUGUGCAGCUGCCAAGAAGGCACCCCACCCGCUGCUGUUCCCGGGCUUGGGACUUGCGCGCCCGGGAAAAGCGAGUUUGCAAAGAAAGCCGGAGGGGAAGCGAGCGCGGAGGCGGCGGGCCAUGGUGGCGGGCCGGAGCGAGCCCAGCAGCCCUCCUCCUCCUCCUCUUCCCUGAGGAGGGGGGAGAUGACGGGCGGCAGGCUCCCCCCGGGGCUGCUGGCGCUGGGCGCCGUUUUGCUGUGGCAGCCUUGCCAAGGCAGCUGCGGCGCCCAGAAAUGCGGCGCGCAGGAGAGCUGCUGCAGCUACGGCAACGCCACCUACGCGGAGACCAAAUGCUGCAAGCUGCCUUUCCACACGUUCCUGGACAACGUGGGUUGGUUCGUGCGGAAGCUCUCCGGGCUGCUCAUCUUGUUGGUGCUCUUCGCCAUCGGGUAUUUUUUGCAGCGGAUCAUCUGCCCCAGCCCCCGCAGGCACGGGAGGCGACGCCGGCGCCCGGGACAACGAGGCGAGGAGGACGACGAGGAAGAAGAGGAGGAGGAAGAGGAGGAUUACGACGAUGACGACGCGGAAGACCGGGACUCCUUUUCCCGCGUCACCCCGCUGAACGGGACGGCCGCCACCUCGCAGGACUCGCUGCUGGACAGCCGGGGCCGGGAGGCGUCCCUGCCGCCCCCUCUUCUCCACGUCGUCUCGCCCGUCUUUUUGCAGCUGCCUAGCUACGAAGAGGUGAAAUAUUUGCCCACUUACGAGGAAUCCAUGCGGCCCCAGCAACCUCUGGUCCUGCCCGUCACCAGCCUGGCCGCCGGGACGGGCAGAGGCCCCGCGGAGCCGGAUCCCUGGACCAGAGGCAGCUGAAGAGACCCUUCCCCGCCUUUUCCUCAGCGCCCCGCAGCUGGUGGGUUGCCGCCAAAAUCGAAGGAGCCGCGCCGUCGGCGUGGCCAAAGAUCUUCUGCCGAAGCCCCGCUUUCUGUGGGGAGAUAAUUUAGGGAGGGGCGGUGGAAAUAGCAAAGAAGGGAAAGGGAGGGGGACUGGAGGGUCUUCCUUGAUCCUCCCCUCCCCCGUUUUUGCGAAGUUGCACUCCUGAGAGAAGCUCCUUUGUAGCAAAGUCGGAUUCUGCCUCUGCCUGUGAAACACCGCCAGCCUUUUUACAUUUGAGAUGCCUGAUGGUAGUACAGGCAUCUUUUAAGUGCCAGUCUAAAUAUGCGUUCAAAUGGAGACGUUCACAAGUACGAGCUACGUUGUUUGUUUGUUUGUUUUUUUUAAAUAGUCCUUCCCUGUAUGGUGUCGGUGCGCUAUGUACCUUCCUAAUGCAAAAUAAAAUUCCAGGAAGGGAAGAGAGUGAUUCCUUUACUUGCGGUAAAUCCAGGUCAUGCUGGUUUUAAAUUUCUCUUUUCCUGAAUUUUGCAUAUGCCCAUCAAGAAGUAAUUUGCUUACGCAAAACCAUCAACAUUGCUGGAUGUGAGAUGAGCGCAUCAAGACAAAGACACAGGAUCUCUUCUGGUGGUUGGACUUUUUUUUUUUUUUUUAAAAAAAGCACUUUGACAUUAUUAAGUUCAGAAAGAUUUGGGGACUUUGGAGAGAGUGAGGACUGGGUAUUCAUUAAAAAGCUUUUUUUAAUAACAAAAAAGCAGUCAUUUGUCUUUUUUAUGUAGAUUAUUAAAAGCAUUAUUAA